AUGCAUAAAGGAUUGAGGUGUUUGUUGGCCUCGGCCUCGCGUGCCGCCACGGCGCAGCGCGCGUUGCGCUGCAGCCAUUUCAGCAGCGUGGCGAAGCGCCCAGAGAACCCCCGUGUGUUCGAAAACCCCGCUGAUUUCAAGCCUUACGUUCUGGGACUCCGCUACACGGAGUUUACCAACAAGCUGGAGCUGAUCGAGGACUCGCCGGUGAUUCCGAUCUUCCAGGUUAUGGACGUCGAUGGCAACCUCAUCGGCGACUGGAAGAACCCUUUUCCCUCCAACGAUGAUGUAUUGGAGCACUACAAGACUAUGGUUCGGUUGUCGAUAUGGGACAACCUAUUCUACAACAUCCAGCGCCAAGGUCGCAUAUCGUUUUACAUCCAAAACCAGGGUGAAGAAGCCAUGCAGAUAGGCUGCGGUUUGGCGCUAAAGCACGAAGACCACGUAUUCGGUCAAUACAGGGAACUCGGUGUGCUGUACUGCAAGGGCUUCACUGAGGUGGACGCUCUCAACCAGUUGUUCGCCAACAAAGGCGAUGAGGGAAAGGGGCGCCAGAUGCCCAUAUCGUACUCCAAGAAGGAGUGCAACAUCCACGCGAUAUGUACCCCGCUGACUUCCCAGCUGCCACAUGCGGCAGGUGCGGGGUACGCACUCAAGCUUCAGAAGGCCGCGGCCUGCGCGGUAGGAUUCUUUGGUGAGGGAGCUGCCUCCGAGGGAGAUUUCCAUGCUGCGAUGAACAUGGCAGCGGUGCGUCAGUCCCAGACCAUCUUCGCUUGCCGUAACAACGGUUACGCCAUCUCCACGCCCGUAUGUGACCAGUAUUACGGCGACGGUAUUGCGAUCCGCGGCGUUGCAUACGGUAUGCCUACCAUCCGCGUUGACGGCAACGACUUUUUUGCGUCGUACAUUGCAACCAAGCACGCCCGUGAGCACUGCGUGACGCGCUCGACGCCCAUUUGCAUUGAGUACAUGACGUAUCGUCUGGGACACCACAGCACGUCGGACGAGUCGUCGCAGUAUCGCGGUCCCGGCGAGUUCGAGGUGUGGACCGCCGGCGGUAACAACGGUAUCAACCGUGUGCGCAAAUACCUAGAGCUUAACGGCCUUUGGGAUGAAGAACGCGACGAAGCGUUGCGUAAGGAGGCACGCAGCUACAUGCUGAAGAAGAUCCGUGAGGUGGAGGUUGUGAAGCACGUGGAUUUGUCGUCCGGCAUUUUCGACGACGUAUACGACAAGCCCCAUCCACUGUUGGAGGAGCAGCGUGAAAAAUUCAUUGAGCACGUGGCUCGUUACGGCGACAAGUACAAUGUUGAGCGCUACGAGACAAGGUGA